AUGAACGCUGAUAACAUGUCCCAAGAAACCUCAACCCAAAAUAUUGAAAUAACAUGCAGCACCUGCAAAACUAAAAGAAUUGCUGCGAAUUUCUAUCAUAUUUCUGCAUCCUCGUCACAAAAAAAAUCAAAACUUGAAGUAGUUCAAGACGAAAAUACCUUAACUAAUCCCGGUAUUAAUGAAGAUCCAGAAAACAUGAACUUAUUUUCUGAAAAAACACUAAAUGAGGCUGUAAAUUUUGCUUAUGAGAUUGAAAUAGACCAAGAUCUUCUUGUUACUGCUUCCUUGACUCAAUCGGAUUUAAUUAAUAAUAAUGAUUUAAAGACAAUAGAAGAUAACUUUCGUAAACUUGCCCAUAUGCUUAUCGUGUCGCUUGAGUCAGGUUCUGGCUAUUAUUGGGAGAAAAGAUCAGAUAAUCAGCCACCUCAAAGAAUAAGUAAAACCCACGUACCGAUAGAAAGGUAUAACUGUGUAGGAAAUAUAAAGCUUACUAUAAUACCAAAAGAGCAAUAUAUUUUAGUUAAAGGACAUCACAAUGUGGCACAUAAAAAGCCAACCUACCGACAAGUAAAGUUUCUUGUUGAAGCUAAAGAAUGGAUUAGAAACAACAUUUCAUUUAAUAUGAGAUAUACUGAAAUGCAUUGUCGGCUCCAUAUAAGCAAUCUCAUAAAUCCAAAAAUUCACACACUUGAACAG